UCAAAGAAAUGUUCUGAUUUCAGGCAGGAUAGUUGGGCUCUAAACCAGAUACAUCUAUGACAGUAAUUUCAAAGAGCGUAGGGAAAAGCUGAUAGCAUUUAGCUUCCUACCGCCCUCACCACAUGAGGGAAGAGGAAGUUAAGUUACGAAUCUGACAUGCUUUCAUUUAUUGUUUUGCUGAUCUUCAACUGAGACACCGUGAUGCAAGUCCUAAUAAUCCUGCGUGAUGAUCAUAAUUUCACUGAAACUUCUUUUAACAAUGUGUUUUGGCUCCUUAGCUACAAAUCCCGAUAAUAUAAUGGUCACCCAAACACCAACAAAAAUACAUCUGUCAAUUGGAGACUACACUGAAAUCGCCUGUACUUGGGAAAAAAAAUCUGUUCAGAGGUAUAGAGUAAGCUGGCAUCUUGUUGAUAGAGAGAACAUCACCAAUACUAUAUCAACAAAACUUUGCUAUGUAUCCAAUAUCACCUGUGAAAGCAAGGAUGUGCUAGUGAUAAAAUCUGCAAAUGUAAAUGACACUGGAUUUUACUACUGUGAGAUAAUUAUUGAAAUACCUUUCUGUAAGAAAGUGUGUGGAAAUGGGACAACAGUGACUGUUGAAGAGAAAGAAGCUCACUCAUUGAAAAAGAGAGAUUUGGCAAUAUGUGCCGUCGUUCCUUUCUUAGUGGCAGUGGGAAGCUUGUGUCUUUGCUACAAAAAGAAACAGCACUCUAAACUUUCUGGUUCUGCACAGCUUCCUGUGCCGGCGGGAAGGCAUCAGGAGGAGCAGAUGCUCGAAACUGCAGAACUUUAUGGGAGAAAUGAAUCCACCAAUGAAACAGCUGAGGAAAACUCAUCAUGUAAUUCUGCUGAAUGGGCUGUGUCUACGCUUUAUGAAUCACUUGAUUCUUUUCUGAAUGAAUCAAGAGGAAAAGAUGACAAAUCCACGGCAACUGUGGUAUCCAGUGCAGCAGAUGAGGAAAUCCCACAAACUAGGGCAGCUGAAAAAGUCUAGAACAAGAGCAAGACGAGGAUCCGCCAUCUACUUUGACAUUCAGAACUAAAAUGACAGUGUCAUAAAAAAAAUAUGGCUAAAUAGCUGUGAAACUGAAAACAAUAUGAUAACUUGCUGCUGAAGGAUGGAUUACAUGACUUUCCUGUUAGAAACAUGUCAGAAGCGGGACAAUAUGCAACAAAAAAGAUGAGUUUCCUUCCUCCAAGAUUGGUUUCCUCUACUGCGUGGUGAAACGCUGUCACGUGCCAUGUUCCUUUGAGGAUCACAAAUGAGACUCUGGAUUUCCACAAACCCUGUAACUUUGUCCCCUGCGCAAGAAAGUCACAAUUGGUAAAAGGGGUGAUGGUCCAGGUCUCUGAUGAGGAAGCUCACAGUUAUGCACCAGUGCUAUAAGUGAGUGUGGUAAAUUUUGUUUUUUCCAUAUAUUACUGGUUACUUCUCUACUUGAGCACAAUGAGGAGAUGUAUUCAGGGAAUUGUUAAAGGAAAGCCGCUAAAUGAAGAGAUUGCCACCAAGCUACAGUUUAAUAGUCUCCAAAUCAUAUUUUCAUUACAACACUAUUAAUAAAUUGUUGAUUAAAUGUGGUUCCUACCAGCAAAGAAUGCUGCCAUAUUAACAGCUGCUCCUAUUUUGUAUGCUCACAUGGCAAUUUCCAACAUCUGGCAGUUGAAGACUACACUCAAUUUACCGUGACCUAUUUUUUAUCUAUGCCUGACGGUGGCUAUGAGCCAGCAGGGUGUUUUCAGAGUUGCCACUGACUGUUCUACUCGGUUGACAAGAGUUUGCCACCUCUGCAUUGUGUAUGUCAUCUCUGCUUCUGUACCACUUGGGAAGCAGCAAACCCUGAUGAGUAUUUUCCAGGGCAGGCAGACUUCGGCUUCUUCUUCUUCAUGGUAAUUUUGGUAGCUUAAAAACAAAAAAGAGCUCUGUAGUUAACCCCAGGACAUGUUCUAGUGUCCAGUAUGAUCUCAGGUUUAACUGUGUGCUUAAUUGUUCCAUAUAUAAUGAAGUCCAUCUGCCUAGUAACAGAACUUGAAGAGAAUCCUGGGCCUUCGGUUUUAGCCAGUUUUGGUGGUUAUUCCCUCUUGAACAGGCUGCUGCAAAGUGAUGGUUCAGUUCUGGUUUAAUUUGAAGUUCAAAAUCGUGUGUUAAGCACAUGCUAAAACAUCCUCAUUUAAGAGCAACACUGGCACAAUGUCGUGUAAAGCCCCGUACAUAUUCUGCUGUGCUUCUAUUGUCUCAUCAAUGUACUUGGCUUAGUCAUAGUCCUACAAAUGAGGCUCCCUCUCUGCUUCUGUCACACUCAUGCCCCUGGUUUGGAGAGCUGGUAUAGUCAUCUUGAGACUACACCCCUGAACUCUCUCUCUUCCUGAUACAUUGCACAAUCAUCCAGGGAGUUGCAGCUUAAUUAAUCUAUCUAGCACUUAGGCAGCUAGUCUUAGCUGCUGGGUAUGGAUUAUUUCAGUCUGACUUGAACCACGCUUUUUUUCCAAGCCCUGGAUUGGGGUUCUUUCCUGUCAUAGUAUCUGUGGAAGGCGAGUAUGGAGCAGGUAUUCCUGGCUCCAUUACACCAAGGAUCCUUGGUAGCGGGCAGGAUGAUGAGGUGCCCCAACCAGCAUAUUGGCAAAAUAGUCAUGUUUGUGUGUGGUGUCACAGCUAAUGUUCUUGUGCCUGAUAACGGUGCUGCCAAAACAGCAAUGAUGUUUACUUGGUUGACUAAACUUUGUUUGAAAGCUGAUUUUAUCUAAAGCGGUUUCUCUGUACUGUUGACAUCAAAACCGCUGCAAAACUGCCACUAUUCUCAAAAACUCAACAGCUACAGCCCAGGCUUAAAUAGACUUAAGGAUGCUUUCAUUCAACUCUAAGGUUAAAAGUACUCCUCCAUUAGACAGGUGCAGCUCUGUAGAUAGGCCAAAUCUAUAGAGAAGGUCUGAUCUAUGCGAACAGAAAGGUGUUUGGAUUGUAAUUCUUGCCUAGUUCCUAGCAUUGUUUGGGAAAUAAAAGUUGAAACCAAUACUUUAUCUGAGCUAAAAUGUUUUUACCUGCUUCUCUAUUAAAGACUGUGAUCUUUAAAUAGACCCCAAAUUUAAGGAAAAAUAGCACCCAAAGGGAAAUUGAAGUGUGUCGUAGGGUUCACAGUGUCCAUGUUUCCUCUAACCUAAAGAGGAUCCUCUUUUGCUUUUAUUAUGUCUUGAUGAACUGGGUUUUCAGUCCCAAAUGCAAUUUUGUGUGCUGCAUCUAUUUCACCAUCAGACUCCGGAUACUGCCACAUCCUCUAUCAAUGACAGCAGGAAAAAAAGAGAGAGUAAAUCUGUAAGAUGAUCAGAAUUUAUUUUUGCCAUCAUGCUUGUCUUGUGGAGCUACAAUGACGACAGCUGUAAAAGUUGGGGUUGGGUUUUUUCAUUAUUUCUUUUAAUAAAUGGUCUUGUCUCCGUAUUUUAUAAACAGGAAACUGUGAAUACAACUGACAAAACAAUAUGCAGAUCAAAAGAGCAUUAACCAAUUUCUCUGACCAACAGAAAGGACAGGUGAUAAUAUUUCUCAUUUUCUACUUUAUAUGAAAUACUGAGACGGGAGGAAGGAUUUUGAUGAACUACCACGUUGUAAUAACAAGGCUUUGGCUGGGUUGCUGUGUUCUGGUGCUGGUGGAUUUUGCUGGCCAAUAGGAUGUGACAAUAAUUAAUUCCUUGUCUUUUUUCCAGUUGGCAGGGCUCAACAACAUCUUAUGCAGCCAGAGCUGCUGUCAUCAAAGUUACUUCAUACCUUUGUCUCAGGAAGUAUUCAACUCCACAGAGGUAGAGGAGUAUGAAACGGGUAAGGCAGAGAGGGAGUAUUUAGCGUUAUUAGCAGACUAUAGACAGACAGAGGUUAGAGAGAUAACUAAACAACGUAAGGGUUCAAAAAGAAUAACAAGGAAUUGGGUCUAUCAUGUACAUCUGCUCCAACGUGCUCAAUGUUCUGUUACCUCCUGAUGGGCUUGUCUUGUCCUAAAGCUGGAUGAUCAGUUCCACGAGCCAGGAAUGCUGUAUCUGUACGUUGCCUGCGUAACAUGGAUUCUGAAGCUGCCAUGGAAAUAAAUCAUGACAGCAAGUAAUAAGUAUUGCUCCCUUUUUUUUUCACUUUAUAGCUUUUAAUUCUGGAAAGAGUUAAAACAAGAUAAACAUCUCUAACAAAGACAGUAUGAAAAGGUCAGGUGUUAAAGGUGACAGACUGCAAAAAUAAGUGGGCUGAUUGGGUAUUCUCAGACAGAAUAACUCUCCUUUCUCAGUUUAGCAGUUGUACCAUAUUAAAUACAAUUUGUCCUUUGAAGUUUCCUUUUAAAUACAGACCAAGUGUAACCUAAAGACUCUAGAUCUAAUCUAAAUGGGGACUGCUAUCGAGCAAGAAAGGAAAUGGAAAGAGUAGCUACCCUUUCAUUCAAGUUCUGUGGGGAAAAAAUGAGUCGAUUGCCUCUGUGUAGAAAGAAUAACAACUAGUUUCUCAGCUCACCUUCAGAGCAGUAGUGUGGUAGAAACGUUGUGUGAGCGUUGGGCCCGGGCGUUGAGCAUGAGGACCUCAGACAGGCACAGGCCAUUUCCGAGACACCGUAACCAGUAACUGCCACACAAAUGGCUGCUCUAUUAAAUACACCCAGUAAGAAGUCCAUCUAGAUUGAUUUAAGCAAAUUUAAAAGAUAAUUUGGGGGCAAAAUAAUGUGAUUCCUAUAUUUAUAUCCAUGACUAUGUUUCCUCAACACACUGAUGCAUCCUCUGGGUUUAGGUAAGAGUCUGUUCAUGGUUGGGAUCCCCCCCUCAAAGUCAAGGGCUCUCCCAGUUCUGUGCAGGUCCAUUUUCUAUUUUGCUGUUUGGUGAAGGUCUUCUCUUUCUCUGAUAAGCAAAACAUAAAGUUAAAUUGUCUGUUACAAAAGCAUGCUCUGGUUCCCAUUUCCCACCCUAGCUUUCAGUAUUUCUGAGCCUGGUCAUUUGCUGCCCCCUUAACAAUGUCAGAACAGUGGCAGUGUUUGCCUACUGAAAAAGGCCACCUAAUAAGUUGUGUUACACCCUGGCAUUACUUUCUGGAAACCAAAAGCAGGCAGCUCAGUGAAAUGUGUGUGCCUGGGGAUCUUCCACUCCAUCAAAUUGCCUUGGAAAUCUUCCUGACAGCAUAUAUGGGUAUCACCUCACAUCACGCACAGUUCUGUGGUAGCAGGCCAGCCCUUCUCAUUUCUUCAGUGUAUGCAUAAAUUAGUAUUUUAAAAUGCAAAAAAAAAAAUAUUUUUAUGGUGGAUGUGAAAGAUUUUUUUUGAUGUGUUGCCUGCACAGACACUCAACAGGAGGAUGCUUUCUCUUUGGGAUUCCUUCUCUCAGAGAAAAUGGUUUUGUACAAUAUAGGAGAAAUAGUGUUGUUUAGUUCGUGAGAGCUUAACGUGGCCAAAAUAUUUUUGCAUAUGAAAGUCUUUUGAAAGCUUUCUUGGGAUUCACUUAGUCAUUCUCGUUUCUCUUUAUCUCUCUCUAACAAAUAGGAACUUCCUUUAAAAAGUUCACUCAGUCUGUUUUAAACUUUACAAAACCAUACCUUCUCACAGCUCAUUUAUUUUACUCUUUUUUUGUCUCCUUUUUCUUCUUUGUCUUUUUUUCCAAUUCUUUCUGACCAUACCAUAGAACGACUUUUUACAACCACAGCUCAGCAUGAUGACCCUACAUCUGAGUAGGAUUUUAUAAGCCUUAAAGUAGCAAAAUGACAAUUGGACUGUCCGUGUGAGACCAGA